CGAUUCCCGCGAAAUUCCCGCGCCCGAGGGGCAAAAACACCUGCAAAGAAAUUAACACUGAUGAAAAAGCGGCUUUAAGGGUUUCAAAUGAGCAAUACACGUAUGGAAUAGGAGAGGCAAGUAACCGCGGUAAAGAGAGGUUGUUAACUUGUGUGACCCCGUGCAUCCUUCUUUAUUUUGGUCCUAGUUCUCUCGGAUGCUGCCACGAUCACAUCGUUACGGUGGCCACCGUACAUCGUUACUUGGGGGUACCCGCUAGAACAUGAAAGUCAAUCAAAAUAACUGUGUUUCUGUGAUAAACAUCCCAGAGUAUGUUGCAAAAUGUGUUUGUGGUUUUGAUUACAAUCCAGCUUUGGAUUUGUAUGCAACGUUUAGUUUCGAAGAUGGUAUAUCAGUUUGGGAUCCCAGUGAUGGACAAGUUGUUGUCAGAUUUGAAGACUCGGAUGAAAUCCUCUCUUUCCUGCUCUUUUUACCGGGAAAUCGCCUUGCUAUGAGCUCUUCGUGCCCAAAUCAUGGAGGUAUCAUCGAAAUCUGUACUUUUGAGGAAGACAAAUCUAUGUCUGAUAAAUUUGAAAUCGAUUCUAAAGAUCUCCCCCUAGAUCUACCAGGAGCCAUUGCUUUGUCUCCAGGAGGGAAUAUUCUUCUCUCUGGGGAAAUUUAUGGAGAUCUUUUCGAAAUCUUCAUUGAUUGGGCUAAUUCAAAAGUUCUGAAAUCAAGAGAAAUUGUUUUUCCAAACGAAGGGACCGUGGUAAUCGAAGAAGAUGUGACAACAGAACUACUUUCUUGCUCUCAGGAUUUCGGUGUUGUACAGUGCAACUUUCAUCAACCUCACUUCGAAUCCGACUCUUUCUACGAAUUGUUAGCUGCAAAAGUGAAUUUACACAUUGAAGGGGAGGCUCAGAUCCAGGGUCACGAGAAAAUCACAUAUUAUGUGCUUAAUGGAGAAGAAAAACGAAUCUCACCGCACGAUUGUCUUGGUGGACUUGUUCACGAUGGACAAAAUCUUAUCAUUGCAAAUGAAGAUGAAAUUGUGUUGUUGGAGUCAGCAACAGAAGGGAGCGAUGCACAUGUGAUUGCAUCAGGAGUUAAACCUUCACAAAUAAGGAUAAACCAUGAAGGCCAAUUGAUGGUCUGUGAGAAAAACACCAUCAAGUUGUUUGAAUACAAGAAUGAAGUCAAGUCACUGCAGAGAUUGUGCCGACAUAAUAUCAGAGAAACAAUUGGCACUAAUUGUGCUGAAAGAGUAAAAAAUUUAGAAAUUUCAUCUUUACUGAAAGAUUAUUUGUUGUACAAAAUUAAAUGAACCAUAAAUGUGUUUAAAAUACUGUAUCUACAUCUGUUUUCCCAAUAAACAGAUUAACUACCAUUUUCAAAAUAAAAAUUACUCUUAAUUAGUCUGUUUCAGGCUAUUAGUUUGUGGAGAUGUGCCUAAGAGUGGGAUAAGCAACAAACAACUGAUGUGGUCAUCACAGAAAUGAUCCCUGCUAUUUUUUGUACACACACUAUUUGUUUUCAGUAAUCAUAUGGCUGGCAGGGGUCACAUUACUCUCUUCACUUACCACAAAGGCACAGAAAUAAUUGUUUUAAAACUGAGAGAAAAUUAAAAAUGGUUAUCUUGGGGUGCCCUCUUGACCUGGUGUUGAGCACACAUAGCAAUAACCAUUAUGACAGUUUUAAUGAAGUGUUUUUGAGCUUGUUUUAUAAACAUGACUUUAC